GUAGUAUAUAAAGCACCAGAAUGCUAGGAAUCUCGGCCAAUGUGAAAACUCCAGAGGUCACGCGAAACAUCUCGUGAUCUCGCCGUACGACAAAAAAACCCAAAAAAAAAAAAAAAUGUCUUCUUCAGACGACGGAGGCAUGGACCUCCGGCGGCCGCUCGUCCCGGCCGGGAAAGCCGAGAAACUGACGGUGGACGACGCGCUGCAGAAAUACUGCGGCGAGUUUGGGUGGUGGCAGCUUAGGCACUUCGUGUUAACGAGCCUGGCGUGGGCCCUUGAGGGGAUCCACACGAUGGUUAUGAUCUUUGCCGACCGAGACCCCGCGUGGCGGUGCUCCUCCGCCGCCUGCGACUCGGCGGCGGCGCAGGCGGCAGAUAAGGGGAGCGUGUGCGGGCUUGAGCCCGGGUCGUGGGAGUGGGACGGCGGCGACGGAAGCUCGACGGUGUCGGAGUUUGGGCUUAUUUGUGGGGAGAUAUAUCGGGUCGGGCUCGUCCAAGCGUUGUUCUUCGCCGGAUGUAUGAUAGGUGCUGGAGUGUUUGGGCACCUUUCAGAUUCAAGAAUGGGGAGGAAAGGAUCUUUAACGAUCGUUUGUAUUAUGAACGCCGUUUUCGGAUGUCUCACGGCGUUUUCUCCCAACUACUGGUUCUACGUUCUGUUCCGUCUUCUCUCCGGUUUCAGCACCGGCGGGACGGGGCUCUGUGCAUUCGUCCUGGCGACGGAGCCCGUCGGACCGUCUAAGCGGGGCCUCGUUGGGAUGUCAACUUUCUACUUCUUCUCCGCCGGGAUAGCUCUUCUUUCCGCCAUAGCUUACAGGUUUCAGACAUGGCGGGCGCUCUACGUGGCUUCCUCAGUUCCGUCCAUUCUUUUUGUGUUUCUCGUUCUCCCUUUCCUCCAUGAAUCGCCGCGGUGGUGCCUCAUUCGUGGGAGGGUCGGAGAAGCCAUUAAAACCAUGCAGAGUAUUGCGAGGGCGAAUGGGAGAGAGCUCCCCGAGAAUGUGGUUCUUGGGCUCGACAGUGAAGUUAGCAGCGGCGGUUCUUCGCAUCUUCUUCUAAAGGAAUCUUUGUCGAGCGGCAAGGAAUCUUUUUCGGGCGGUAGGGAAUCUUUGUCGGGCGGCAUGGAAUCUUUCUCGCGCGGCGGUUCUUCCCAUCUUCUUCCCAAGGAAUCUUUGUCGGGAUCCCUUAUUGAUGUUCUCCGCUCGCCUCUCACUCGAGUCCGUUUAUUCCUCGCCGUGACAAUCAACUUCACGUGCGCUAUUGUGUACUACGGGCUGAGUCUAAACGCCGUUAACCUCGGGACCAAUCUCUACCUGAACGUCGCCCUGAACGCCGUGGCGGAAAUGCCGGCCUAUUUCUUGACGGCGAUCUGGCUAGACAAGCUCGGGAGAAAGCCGUUGGCGAUCGGGACGCAAUGGUUCAGCGGGCUGUUCUGCGUGGCCGGGAGUUUGAUGAAGGCCUACGGGACGUCGACGAUCAUCCCGAUGAUCUGUGGGGUGUUCGGGAUUUUCGGGAUGGCCGGAACGUACAAUCUUUUAUUCAUCUACACGGUGGAGCUUUUCCCGACGACGGUGAGAAACGCGGCGCUCGGAUGCGCCACGCAGGCGGCGCAGCUGGGGGCGAUUCUGGCGCCGUUCAUCGUGGUUUGUGGGGGCGGGAUUCCGUUCGCGGUGUUCGGCGUUUGUGGGAUCGCCGGAGGGCUGCUGGGGUAUUACUUGCCGGAGACGUUGAAUAGACCGUUGUAUGAUACUUUAGGUGGGAUGGAAGAAGGAGAAGGCAGUGCAUGGGUUGCAUGAAGUGUGUUUUGUGAUUUUGUAAUGAAGUAAUAAUGUAUGAUAGUUUUUAUCGUUUUGCAUAAUGUUUUAUUAUAACUUUUUAGAUGAUGUAA